UAGAAAGGAAGAUGGUAUUGGUAGGUAGAAAAUGAGAAGCAAAGGUCAGGUCAGGGAUAAAUAAUCUAACAUGUUUUGCUUCACUAGGCUAAGAAUUUUGCACAGAGCAGCAAAGGCUAUGAAUUAGGGUUUCAAAAUUCGAUUACUAAAAAGCUAUUUAUCUCUUCCUUCGGGUUUUAGAUAUUCUCCUCCUCCUUCGUCUCCCCCGUCGUCUGCUAUAUACAUACGCCCACCGUUUUCUCAAAGUCCACUUUAGGAAUUUACCGUUUGGUUGUGGAUUUUUUUGUUUCGACAACUGAGACGCGAUAAGUCACAUUCCAGAUAAACACAGCGAUGGAUUCUCAGAUGCUCGUUGCGCUUGGUCUAUCCCUCGUUGGUGGAUUAAGUACUUCUUUAGGUGCUCUUUUCGUAGUUCUUAGUGAGACUCCCAAUAUGAAGAUGCUUGGACUUCUACAGGGUUUUGCAGCAGGUCUGAUGUUGAGCAUAUCGUUCCUGGAUUUGGCUCAUAAUGCUAUAAACUCUAUUGGCUUCUUAAAAGCCAAUCUCUGGUUUUUCGGUGGUGUGAUAUUCUUUGCGUGUAUUGCCAAAUUCAUACCUGAACCAACUGUUGGCCCUUCUACUGACUCGAAACGAAGAAAGAAAAAUGGAGACGACGGAGGUAAGGACAUGAUGAAGAAGAAGCGCAAGCAAGUCAUGUUUAGUGGAAUUAUUACGGCUAUUGGCAUAAGCUUGCACAAUUUCCCAGAAGGGAUGGCUGUAUUUCUCGGAUCAAUUAAGGGCAUGCGAGUUGGUGUUAAUCUGGCUUUGGCAAUCGCUCUACACAACAUUCCCGAGGGUGUUGCAGUUGCACUUCCUAUUUACUUUGCAACAGAGAGCAAAUGGCAGGCAUUCAAGUUGGCAACACUCUCUGGUUUAGCUGAGCCUCUAGGUGUAAUUAUCGUGGCCUAUCUUUUCCCUAGAAGCUUAAGUCCAGAAAUCCUUGAAGGUUUGUUGGGAGCAGUUGGUGGAAUCAUGGCUUUCCUAACGUUGCACGAAAUGCUUCCUUUGGCAUUUGAUUAUGCGGGACAAAAACAAGCUGUGAAGGCUGUGUUUUUUGGCAUGGCAUGUAUGUCGGCGAGUCUUUACUUUCUGGAGUUGAGUUUGCCUGACACAAUGAGCUUGUAAGGUUAAUGCUGUCAUAUGCAAUAAUUGCCUCCCCGAAAGAGAUAAAACAGUCUCUGGAGUGAAAAGUAGUCUCGUUGUAUCUGUAAAGACUGAAAUCUGUAAACAAUGAGUAUUCAUUUUCAAGUCAAAGGAAUAAUAAUCUUUCUUAACAUCUACUUUUUACAGUA